AUGGAGGAUAAAAAGCAGACGAGUUUCACGUUUGAGAUAGAUAACUUUUCAGAGAAGGAAGCUGGGAGACGGUCACCUCAAUUCUUGGCAGGCGGCUGCGAAUGGUAUAUUCAAGUUUAUUCCAAUGGAGAGCUUGUUGAUGAUCACUUGUCUAUGUACUUAGGUGUAGCGAAUCCUGAAUCAUUGAGACUUGGAUGGAAAAGACGAGCUAGUUUUUCCUUCCUUCUGCUGAAUCAAUCAGGCAAAGAGCUCUAUAGAACAAAAGAACUGUGCGCAUUGUUCUGCGAUCAGUUAACCACAGCAUGGGGUCGGUCAAAGGCCUUGCCUCUUAAAAAGCUUCAAGAAAAAGGGUUUCUGGAGAAUAAAAAACUGAUCGUUAAAGUGGAAGUAAAAGUAAUCGAAGUCGUUGAUGAAGCAGAAGAAGUAACAAGGAAGAAGAUGCUAGAUGUGCAAGGUUUCAAAGUUCUUCAUUCUCAGGCUGUUCUAGUAAGUAGGCUUUUCGAGAAGCAUCCGGACAUUGCGGUAAAUUUCAAACCAAAGAACCAACAAGUGAAGACAACAUACAUGAUAUUCCUCCUACAUCUCAUCGAGACAUUGAAAAAACGUCCACAUAGCAUCUCUGAGACUGAGAUAUGGAUCGCUGGCAACGAGUUGAUCGUGCUUACAGAAGCAGGCUUCGAGCUAGAUUGGUUGAAGACAAAGCUUCAUAACAUUUCAUUUAAGAGGAUGUUAUCAUAUGAUAAUGUUUCUAGAGUCCAAGAAUUCGAAAAUCAAGUCAAGAAUCUCAAAGCUGAAGUUUCAUUGGAGAGGAAGACGACAACAUAUGAUAAUUGUUCAAGAGUCCAAAAACUCGAAAAACAAGUCAAGAAUCUCACAGCUGAACUGAACAUCGAGAAGGAAAAAUCUGCCACUUAUGCUACUAAAGUGUAUGCCUUAGAAAAGACCGUGUCGGAUAUCAUUGAGUUGAGUUCAACAAGAAGUGGAACUCAGAGCAGGUCUGAUCUUGGGGAUUUCAAAACUAGCACUAUAUAUGUUUCUGGUACUCAUGAGUCUCGUCAAUGA